GAGCGUGGGCUUGUUUCUUUCCGUACUCGUACAUCUCGGCAGAUUCUAUUCACCACCAGCCGUCUCAGUGUAUUGAAAAAUAUACGUUGUUUCUGAGGCCCAACUUUACUUUGAUCGAAGUCUAAUUGAUUUUCCUUUGACAUGCAAUCACAAUCCAAGUUCCGAUACUUCUCAUGACGUCAUCGUCUCUGUUGGUGGGGAGUGAAACCGAGUGAAGUCAUGGUGGGAGGUAGCAAAAAUCUUGGGUGUGUGGAAACUGUGACAGAAUUGUGUUCCCAAAAGUUUCUUAGUUUAUCGCCUUUUCCUCGUAUAUUGGGAUAUAUGUCUUUCUGCUACUACAGGGAUUUGUGAAAUCUUCAUGUUUAUUUAGAGAGGAACGUUCGCAUCUGAUGAAAUGGCCACAUUAUCGCUGCGGAUCAGCAUCGUGGAGAAAAAUGUCACCAAAACUAUGCAGUUCGACCCGAACACUUCGGUGUACGACGCCUGCCGCCUCAUUCGGGAGAAGAUCACUGAGGCUAACCUGGGUCAACCCAAGGAUUAUGGACUGUUCUUGGCUGACGAAGAUGUGAAGAAGGGUGUAUGGCUAGAGCCCGGCCGGAACUUGGACUACUACAUUUUAAGAAAUGGGGACCUGCUGGAGUACAGGAAGAAACUGAGAACCUUGCGGGUGAGAAUGUUGGACGGAACACUCAAAACUUUGCUCGUAGACGACAGCCAGCCUGUCGCCAACCUGAUGGUGGUCAUUUGCACAAAGAUAGGAAUCACGAACCACGAUGAGUACAGUUUGGUCCGAGAAAGCCCGGAAGAUGAGGUCGAGAACAAGCCUAACUAUGGCACACUAACACUCAAGCGUAAAAAGGAAGAAAAAGAACGAGACGCAAAAAUGGAACAACUCCGUAAGAAACUGAAAACUGACGAUGAAGUGAAUUGGAUCGAUCCAUCUAAGACACUACGUGAACAAGGGAUCGAUGAGUCGGAACCAGUUCUGCUGCGGAGGAAGUUUUUCUUCUCGGAUCAGAACAUCGACUCCAGAGACCCGGUACAACUGAAUCUACUGUAUGUGCAAGCGCGAGAUGCCAUCUUAGACGGAACCCACCCCAUCACUCAGGAGAUGGCCUGUGAGUUGGCGGGCAUUCAGGCGCACAUCCAGUUUGGUGACUACAACGAAACCAAGCACAAACCACCAUUCCUCGACCUGAAGGAGUUCCUGCCGCAGUCGUAUGUCAAAGUGAAGGGAAUCGAGAAGAAAGUUUUUGCGGAACAUGCAAAACAUGUGGGCCUCUCCGAACUGGAUGCAAAAGUCCUUUACACGAAAACGGCUCGUUCUCUCAAAACCUAUGGGGUUACGUUCUUCUUGGUGAAGGAGAAGAUGAAGGGCAAGAACAAGUUGGUUCCUCGUCUUCUGGGAGUGACAAAGGACUCCGUGCUAAGAUUGGAUGAAAGGACGAAGGAGAUCCUGAAGACAUGGCCACUCACGACUGUACGGCGCUGGGGAGCCUCCCCCAAUACAUUCACCCUGGACUUUGGUGACUACUCGGACCAGUACUACUCGGUGCAGACCACUGAGGCCGAACAGAUAUUACAACUCAUCGCAGGAUACAUUGACAUCAUACUCAAGAAGAAACAAUCCAAGGACCAUUUUGGAAUAGAAGGAGAUGAAGGCUCCACUAUGGUAGAGGACAGUGUUUCACCUCUCAAAGCCACCUUCCUACAGCACGAGAGCAGUAGAAUCGCCAAGGUCAACACAGAGUCUGUGGCUAAACCGGCUGUCAUGAGAGCAACCGAUGGUGCCAAGCCGUACGGAACUGGUCACAUGGGUGGAGCUCAGUUCACUACUCUCACUGGCCAGAUCAACAUUGCACAUUCGCCAUCAACGGUGCAACAAAGCCAGGUGACAAGUGUGCUGACAGAACCACAGAGAGCUCUUCUGUCCACCAUCACUGCCGGUCACCAGGUGAUCACCACCAUCGAGAAGGAACUUAUCUCCAAGGCAGAGAUACCAGAGCUUGGAUCUGACCCUGCCUCUUUGAAAUGGAAGGAAACAACUUUGGACACCAACAAACAAAAUGUGAGCUCCCAGCUGGCAGCCAUGAACGCAGCCACUGCACAAGUUGUCACACUCACCUCUGGGUCAGUGGACGAAGUAGACCACACGGCAGUAGGCGCUGCUAUCACCACCAUCACCAGCAACCUGCCAGAGAUGUCACGCGGCGUGCGCAUGCUGGCUGCUCUCAUGGACGACGAAGACAGUGGGGACAAGCUGUUGGACGCAGCUCGCAAACUGUGCACUGCGUUCAGUGACUUGCUCCGAGCCGCAGAACCGGAAACCAAAGAGCCUCGACAGUCACUGCUGAACGCCGCCAGUCGCGUAGGUGAGGCUUCUCAUCGUGUAUUGACCACUAUCGGAGACGAGGACGAGGAGACGCGUGAAAUCCAAGAUACCCUUCUAGGAUUGGCGAAGGGAGUGGCCAAUACGACAGCAGCUCUAGUGUUGCGGGCCAAGUCUGUGGCAGGGACAAUGCCGUCGGACCAGCAAAACACAGUUAUCACCGCAGCCACGCAGUGUGCUCUGGCCACCUCUCAGCUGGUCGCCUGCGCCAAGGUAGUGGCGCCGACUCUGCACAGCCCGGCUUGUCAACAACAGCUGAUGUCUGCAGUACAGGAAGUGGCUCGCUCUGUCGAGGGCUUGGUGCAGAUCUGUAAUGAGAGCUGCCAGGAUGAACACCUGCUCAAGGAGCUGAGCAAGGCAGCGGCCGAGGUCACCCGCACGCUCAACCAGCUGCUCAACCAUAUCAAAUUGAGCAGCCGAGAAAGAGCGAAAGAAAGUAUUCAGGAGAGCUCUGUGGAGACAAUACUGGUAGCCACGGACAGACUGUUUGCUUCAACUGGGGAUGCAGGAGAGAUGGUCCGCCAAGCAAGGGUACUGGGUCAAGCUACAGCUCAGCUCAUACAGGCCAUCAAGGGAGAAGCAGAUAAACAGCCGGACUCUGAGAUUCAGAGGAGGCUCCUGGCUGCGGCGAAGGUUCUAGCGGAGGCCACAGCUCGAAUGGUGGAAGCAGCACGUCAGUGUGCUAGCAAUCCUCACGACACGGCACGCCAACAACAUUUGCGUCACACUGUCGAGGAGUUGCGUGCCGCUACUACUCUGGCUGCCACACCUGCUUUACGCAAGACACUCGUCACUCGUUUGGAGAGCGCAGCAAAGCAAGCAGCAAGUACGGCGACACAGUGUAUCUCAGCUGCUCAAGGGGUCACUCAGCACAACACCAACAGAGCGGCACAAGAGGAGCUACACGCUGACUGCAAAAGCCUGGCGGAAAAUAUACCCAGCCUAGUACAGGGAGUGAAAGGAACAAUCGCUCAGCCCGACAGCGCCACUGCACAACUGAAUCUGAUCAGCGCCAGCCAUCAGUUCCUCCAGCCUGGAGGUCGGGUGGUAUCCAGCUGCCGUGGGGUGUUACCGACAGUGACAGACCAAUCAGCAGCCUUGCAGUUGUCAGGCGCAUCGGCAUCUCUCAGUACAGCACUGGGAGAGCUACGCACUGCCGCCGACCGUGCCAAGGAGGCCUGUGGCUCCGUUCUGGAGCUGGAUGCCGCCACGGACAUGGUCACUAGUCUACGCGAAGAGACCAUCCAGCUGCAACACGCCGCAGAGAGAGGCCAGCUGCGUCCCCUGCCGGGAGAUAUGGUUGAUUCAGCCAGUGUUCAUCAAGUAGGCAGUGCUGCGAAGAACGUGAAUGCCAACAUCGCACAGGUGGUAAGUGCAGCCACACAAGGCAACGAGAUGUAUACCGCACUAGCUGCUCGUGACACGGCCAACUCUCUGCGCGACUUCACCAACGCAGUUCGUGUAGUAGCGGCCAGCACACAACACAAGGAGACUCAGCAAAGGCUGGUGAUUUUCACAGAGAAAGUACUGGAAAUGUCACUGAUUCUGAUUGAGGAAGCAAAGAGAACUUUGCACGACCAGUCCAACCUUGAUAACCUCAACCAGGCUGCAAAGAAAGUUACCCAGUCCCUGAACGACUGCAUCAGUGUACUACCUGGUCAGCGAGCGGUGGAUGCUGCGAUAGAUACGAUCCACGCGGCAUCAGCUGCCCUGGACCGUUCGGAUUUCCCACCAUCAGACAAGCCGUACGGACAGCUCCAGGCCGAACUCAACUCUGCAGCAGCAGGACUCAGUGAUGCCAGCACUGAAGUGGUUUCAUCGGUCCGGUCACCUCAGCAUCUCGAGAAGGCGUCCAACAAAUUCGGGAAUGCUGUCGGUGACAUCCUCGGUGUGGGAAUGGAAAUGGCUGGUCAAACUAAGGACACGGAAGUGCGCGGGCAGAUGGUGGUGUCUCUGAAGAAUGUGUCGAUGGUGUCCUCCAAACUUCUUGUGACAGCCAAAUAUGUGGCAGCAGAUCCAGCCGCCCCCAACGCCAAAAACCAGCUCGCUGCUGCUGCCAGGGCCGUGACGGACAGUGUUAACUACCUGGUAGAUGUGUGCACCUCAGCCGCUCCAGGACAGAAGGAGUGUGACAACGCAAUACGCAACAUCCAGGCCAUGAGACCUCUCCUGGACAACCCCUCCGAGCCCAUCAGUGACGCCUCGUACUUUGACUGUCUGGACACAGUCAUGGAGAAAUCCAAGAGUCUUGGUGAUGGGAUGACUGGUAUAGCGAACCACGCCAAACGCUGUCAGCAUGAGCAGUUUGGAGAGUCCGUGCGCAGUGUGAGCGACUCAAUCUGCGGGCUAGUGGAGGCUGCGGCGCAGGCAGCGUACCUGCUAGCAGUGAGUGAGCCGUCCAGUGUGGCGGCCAGGCAGGGCCUUGUAGACCAAGCCCAGUUCGCCCGAGCAUACCAAGCCAUCCAGGGCGCCUGUGCAAGUCUCUCCUCUUCCACAAGCAACCAGCAACAGGUACUUUCAGCAGCGACUGUAAUCGCUAAACACACCAGUGCCUUGUGUAACGCUUGUCGGCUGGCCAGCUCCAAGACCGCCAACCCCGUUGCCAAACGACAUUUCGUGCAGUCCGCCAAAGAUGUCGCCAACUCCACUGCCAAUCUUGUCAAGGAAAUCAAAGCAUUGGACUUGGACUACUCAGAUCAGAAUCGCAAAUCGUGCUCUGCCGCGACUGUGCCUCUCCUGGACGCUGUGGAGUCGCUGGUGACAUUUGCCAGCUCACCGGAGUUCGCUAGCCAGCCGGCACGCAUCAGUGAAAGUGCUCGCAUCACCCAGCAACCCAUCGUGGAGGCCGGCUGUGCCAUCAUAGACUCCAGCUGCGUCAUGGUCAGUGCCGCCAAGAGCUUGGCCGUUGCCCCCAAGGACCCACCUACUUGGCAGUUGCUGGCUAACCAGAGCAAGAGUGUCUCAGAUUCCAUCAAGAAACUGGUGGCCUCUAUAAGGGAUAAGGCACCAGGCCAGCGAGAAUGUGAAGAAGCCAUCAAGAAGCUGGGUCAGAGAAUAACGGAAUUGGACCAGGCAGCUCUGUUGGCUUUGUCCCAGAACCUGCCUCCCUCCAGAGAUAACAGCCUGCAGGGCUUUGCGGAACAGACAGACAGUGCAGCCGCUGAAUUGUCCGAUAGAUUGGAAAUACUGCGCAGUGCCGCAAAGGCUGAAGCGGAGAACAUCGGUCAUGCGGUGGAGAGGUUGGUAGUUUAUUGUGACCCGUUGACUGCUGGCGCUAUCGGAGCAGCAUCCAAUAUGGUACACUCCAAGCAGCAAAUGUUACUGCUCGAUCAGACAAAGACUGUCAUUGAGUGCGCCCAACAACUGCUCUACGUUACCAAAGAUUGUGGUGGAAAUCCCAAGGCGGUGAAUAUUCAUUCCGAUGUGGACGAAUGUGUGGCGGGCACUAGGGAGGCAUUGGCGGAACUGACCGCCACUCUGGCGGACCUCGCCACCCAGGCGGGUAUAGUAACAGGAUUGGUGGAUACUAUCUCUCGUGCCAUGUCACGUGUGCCGGAUCCCAACACACCUUUCCAACGUCGCUCGUUCAUCGCAGACUCCACGGACUCCUUCGUCGACUACCAGACGAGGAUGGUGGCCUCUUCCAAGGAGAUCGCCAGGCUUGCUCAGGAAAUGGUGAGCAAGUGUGGCAGUGGGAACAUGAGCAGUCUGGGCAAUCUCGGCAGUGAGUUGACCCGGCAGUAUACACAAGUAGCAGGAGAUUGUGCGGGGGCUGGAGCCAGUUCCAGCAACCCCGAGGUGGCAGGGCGUCUAGCCAGUGCUGUGGUGGAGCUGGGGCGAGCCAGUAUCGACAUUGUGCGCUCGGCUGGCAUGUGCCAGGCGGCUCCGGGAGAUACAGUCGCACAGAGAGAUGUUGCUGACCAUGCCAGGACAAUCUCCGAAAAGGUUUCCAAAGUACUGGCAGCGCUCCAAGCAGGGUCCAGAGGAACUCAAGCAUGUAUCAACGCUGCAAGCACUGUAUCAGGUAUCAUCGGAGAUCUGGACACCACCAUCAUGUUUGCCACCGCAGGCACUCUGCAUGCCGAGAAUGAUGAAGAGAAAUUUGCUGACCAUCGGGAAAACAUACUCAAGACAGCCAAGGCACUCGUCGAGGACACAAAAACCCUCGUAGCAGGUGCGGCGUCCUCGCAGGAGCAGUUAGCAGUGGCUGCACAGAAUGCUGUAUCAACUAUUGUGCAGCUCGCUGAGGUCGUCAAGUUCGGAGCUGCCUCUCUCGGCUCCAAUAACCCAGAAGCCCAGGUUAUGUUGAUAAAUGCUGUGAAAGACGUGGCCUCAGCUUUAGGAGACCUGAUCCAAGCUACCAAGGCUGCCUCGGGCAAGAAGAUCAACGACCCCUCCAUGAACCAUCUGAAAGAGUCGGCCAAGGGUCAUGAUUGGUCGGCUGCUAUUCACCGAGAAGAAGACCUCAUUCGUCUCUUAGUCUUCCAGAACUUAGAUCGACUUGCACAUGCUACAAACGAUAUUCCCACCAUCUAGCAGCGCUUAUCACUAAUUUUUAUUUUCAUUCUAUAUAUUGUUUUAGGAAAUUAAUAUAUUUUAUGUUAUUUUAUCAGUAUUUUUUAUUAAUUUUUAUUUAUAAUAAGUAUUUGUUGAAUGAAAAGUUUUGAUGAAACACUUUAAUUGCACUGCUUGAUUGUUAAUCGUUAACCACUACAGAUCACAAAACAUAUUGCACGCUAUACCUAGGGGUUCGAGAGCACAUAAUCUCUAAUAGCGCAUUCUCUUCACAGCAAUUUCUAGGGUUUGAACAUUUCACAGUGCAAUGUGUGAGCAUCUUCUCUGACCACUCUUAUAUCACUUGUAUGAGUUUUCCUGUUGAUUUAUAAUAGUUGAUUUUUCAGUUUUUAUGGCAUUGUUGUCAAUUUUGUUCUUAUUUUGUUCUGGGUAUCAGUUAAAUAAGUGUGAAAAGUUUUUUUGCUCUUAAAAAUUUUAAGGAGCAUAGCUACUUUUUUCUCAUAACUAGGCCUCAUGUUCUUUCUUCAUAUUGCAACCUAUAAUGCACUAAAAAUAAAAAAAUGAUGCAACACAGUAGCAAGUCCUGUGUUCACUCCAUACAAAUUUUGUCUGUGAAAAAUUCCUAAAUAAAUUUAACCAUGCCAGCAUUCCAAAUAAUCUGACUCUCGAAACAAAUUUUAAUUAUUUGUUUGUACAUUACAUUUGUCAUAGUGCAUUUAAAACAAAUAGCAUUAUACAUAUAAAAAACAGACGUAAAUAGAACGUAACAGCAACACUAGAAUAACUUUGUAUGAUGCAAAUUAAUUGAUUUCCGAGGUGGUUUAAAAUACAUUUUAGAUUCCCAGAUAAACUUUACCUUCCAAGCAAUUCCAACAACAAUUUGAUUCACAAAGCAGUUAAAAUAAUUUGAUCUGCAAAGAAGUUCAUAAUAAAUUCAAUUUGGAAAGUGAUCCCUAAUAAAUUUUAUCUACAAGAUAACAUUUUCUCCUACACUCUUAGUCAUAUAUAAUGCACUGUCUACUCAUGAACUGUAAUAUGUCCAUCUUGCUGUUGAUUCAUAAAUGUAACUUUUUAACUAUGUUUUAUAAAAAAUCUUAAGGUUAUGACAGAAAAAGCAUAUAUUAAAUAUUACUAUUGUGUAAAUACUGAAAUGUUAGUUACUCCCAUUGAUAUUUAAUUUCGAUAUUAGUAAAUGAGUCAAUUUCAAAAGAGACAAGCCUGUGAAACUCAUUGUAAAGGGCAACUUUAUCUACCCUGAGUCCUUCAUAUUUGAAAUGUCUUAAUAUGAAGUGCAUUUUCAAGUCAAAACUUUUCAGUCUCUUAGUAGUUAGAGAUGCAUAUUUUAUACCUUAUCGACUAUUAUUAAUUGCUUCAAGUAUUGAUAUGUGCAGCUAUUUUACUAUAUAUUCUUAUGUAGAAUAAAUGCUAGAGCUAAGUUGACAAAUAUAGUUGUUAAUGAAAAUAUGAAGGUAAUUUUAUUAUUUUAGGUAUGAUAGUUAAUAAAAAGCUCUCUUGAAACAGAAUAUUUUGCGGGCCUAUCCGAAGAUAAUGAGUGCUUUCAAUAACUCUUGUGCCAAAACCCCACAUAGCUUCUCACCAUGAAGGACUUUUAAUGAUUACAAAAAACAUGUCGUUAAUGGAAUGUAAUUGCUGGCAUAAACACCUAAAUUUGGCAACUAACUUGUCUUUUGCUUCACGAUAAGUCCUUUGAAACUUAUAAGCCUCCUAUAUGUUUAACAUUAAAUCUGCAUCUAGGAUAUUAUUGAUUAUUUUAUUGUAAUAGUAGUUUUUCCUACUCUUGUAUAAAAUAAUAUAUAUUGCGUAAAAUAAUUUUCUUGUUUUCGUUUGGUUUAGCACUUUUUAAUUUUUCUGAAGCCUUAUUUUUUAUAAUUGCUGAAAACAAGUAAAUAACCAUAAGAGAAGUAUAAUAAUUGUAAGUCAUUAAAAAUGAAUAUUGUAUUAAUUAUUUUGGCAAUUUUUUACUUGUUUCAUGACAUAUAGUGAAAUUCAUACCAUAUAAUUAUUUUAACAUACACCUAAAUUAUAAUUAUUAUGUAAUUUAACUUCUUUUAAUGAAUCUAAACACGCAAAUUUCAUGUCAAAUUGUCUAAUUUAGAAAUUUAUUUGGACAUUGUUAGUCCUCUGAUGGAAAUGAUAGUCUUCCGGCUGAACACUGCUCAACUCUUAGCAAGGGAAAUUCAUAUUUCCUAGAAAGAUUAUCACUUGUAAACAACUGACCCAUUUCAAUUCUUCUAGUUUGGGCAAAAACUUUGGAAAAACUUUUCAGAUGAGCUCUCUAAACGCAAUGGGACACAAAAACUCAACAAAUGUUGUUUAUGAGUACAAUAGUGAUUCUUAUUGAGAUGGUCAUGGAACCAAUAAAAAGUUGAAAGGGCAAACAUAAGCUUCUCCAUCAUAUAUUUCAAAACCUUGAGUAUGUCAAAGUACAACUGCAGCUCAUGAAUUAUAACUCUUAAGUCUUUUGUUGGAUUAUAGAUGAAUUAAUUAACAACAUAUAAGUCUUGCUUUAAAAUUUUAACUGUAAUUUAUCUAGCAGUAUUAACAUAUCCAUGACAAUAUGUAUUUAUCCAGAUUUUUCUGAAAUUUUGUAUUUUUGUUACUAUACAUUUUUUUCAAUAGUAAUAUUUUGUAGUAUGUUUCUAUAUAUUUAAUAGUUGAGAUGGAUUUAAAUACUAUAAAAACAGUCUUCUUGGUUUUAUUGAGUGUAAACUUAGAUAUUCUAUAAUCUUAUCUAGUCCAUUUCUGUAUUAUCAGUGCAAGUGCUCUAAAUGUAGAGCUAUAUAUUUUUUGUGCACAUAUAUUUCUUUUUUAUCAAGGGACAGUUUUAAUUAAGUGUUAUUGAUUUUGUUAUGCACCAGGAAUACGAUAAUUCAACAAGAAUUUAGACAAAGAUUCAUUCAACCUCAGUUCAAUAAUGAUUUGAGGUAAUCUUUAUUUAAGCAGAGUGAUGUCAAUAUUGCAAUCUUGUUAUCUAUCAAGGGACUGCGCUCAAAUUUUCAAAACGUAUACACAAGAUUGGAUUGGUAAUCUCACAUAUAAAAGGAACAGAUUUUUCUAAGUCAUUCAUGUACUUUGGUUGAGCUUCAAAAACUCUAUCAAUAAGUUCUGUAACAUCCUUGAAAUAAAUCAUGAUGAGAUUGAUAAAUCGGAUACCAUGAUCGAAAAUACCAUAAAUCGAAUGAUAAGAUUCUAUUAUCUUGUAAAUUUUAAAUUAUUCAGCACAUCAUGAAUGAAAGUGAAAGUGCAGUAGUAAUAUGACUUCUCAAUGAACUAGUAAAACUUUUAGUCUGUUUUUUUUUUUGUCUAAAAUUAUAGUUACGGUAAGCCUGGUGUUGUUUCUGUUUCUGUUGGCCAUGACUCAAUUCCAGUCCAGGAAAAUGCUGCCAACUGAAUGUGGAAUGGCCAACAUGAAGAGGAUAAAUACCAGCAGUUUUAGUACAACACAUCCGUACACAUUUAUAUAAAAAUAUAUGAAGCAGCUUUUACAUGUUUUAUCUUAACCAUUCCAAAUCUUUCAUUGAUUGAUGAUAGUAAUUUGGAUAUGUAGGCUUUUCCACUGAUAGUUAUACUGUAUAUUGUAUUAUCGUAUGGAACUAUUUCAGUCAUUUAUAAUAUUUAGAUCGUAAGCUGUUGCUAGUAGCCUAUUCCUCCAAGUAGGUUUCUAUUUUUACUAUACAAAAACUGCAUCUCUAACUGCUAAUUUUGUUUAGUUUUAAAACCAAAGCCAGUAUUUAUUAUUUAUGUAUUUUAUUAGCCAAUAAAAUAUUAUUCUUUCA